AUGGAGCCUCCUAGCAAUGAUGCAAGAGAGCAAGGAAACUGUGCUGCUGGGAGUGAAUCAAGUAUUCUUGCUGUAGUCCAGACAGUCCAGAAGAGCCACCAAUGCCUGGAAUGUGGGAAAAGCUUCCAAAGGGCCCCAAGCCUGUUGACUCACCAGAGAAUCCACACAGGCGAGAGGCCUUAUCAGUGCCCAAAGUGCAGUAAGAGCUUUACUCAGCAGUCAAGCCUUACCAUUCAUCUGAGGAUCCACACAGGGGAGACCCCAUACCCCUGUCCUCAGUGUGGAAGAUGCUUCCGACAGAGUUCAAACCUCCUUAAGCAUAAGCAGCUCCAUGCAGGAGUGAAGCCCCACCUGUGUGCUGAAUGUGGGAAAUGUUUUGCCCAGCGCUCAAAUCUUCUCAUUCAUCAGAGAAUUCACACAGGGGAGAUGCCUUAUCUGUGUUCCGAAUGUGGGCAAACCUUCAGGCAGCACCGGAGUCUGAUUGUCCACCAGAGAUUCCAUAAGGGAAAUUUGUCUUCUGGUUACAACUGCCCUGAGUGUGGGAAAAGUUUCAUGCAGACCUCAGAUCUUGUGAAGCACCUGAGAGUUCACACAGGGGAGAUGCCCUAUAGCUGCCUACACUGUGGGAAAAACUUCCGGUACGUCUCCAAUCUCAAUAGACACAAAAGGACCCACACGGGGGAAAAGCCGCAUGCUUGCCGGCAGUGUGGUGAAUGCUUUAGCCACUUGUCCAGCCGAAACACCCACGAGAGGAUCCACACGGGGGAGAGGCCAUAUGGUUGUGCAGAAUGUGGAAAGAUGUUCAUUUCCAGCUCCAAACUGGCUCGGCAUUUGAGGACCCACACAAAGCAAAUGGCCUAUAUUUGCAAUAAGUGCGGGAAAAGCUUUGGUCAUCAUCCAAACCUUGUUAGGCACCAGCGACUCCACAAGGCUUGGAACUCCCGCUCAAAGAGGAAAGGGAAGUGA